AUGCGCCAGCCGGCGCUGCUGAUCAGCGAGGCGAUUGAGACCCCCGCCACCUACGAGCGGGACGCCAUACAGGGCUGGCUGCGCAGCAGCAGGGUCGACCCUCGCAGCCGCGCGCGCGUGGGCGACGACGGCCGGCUGGUCCCCAAUCUUGAGCUGCACAGAGCCAUAGAGGACUUCUGCGCCAUGCACGCGCGCCAGGCGGCCGCCGCCGCGCGCGGCGGCAGCGGGGGCGGCUGCGGCGCGGGCGGCGGCGUGGCGGGGGCCGCCGGGGUGGCGGGCAGCAUCGUCGAGGCUGUGGGCGUCGGCGCGCUGGGCGCCGACGCCGCCGCGGCGGUCGGCGGCGGCGGCGGCGGCGCAGGCGGCGGCGCCGGCGCGCACCAGGGGCUGUUUGCGGGGCCCCAGGCCACUGCGGCGGCGCAAGCCCCGGCAGUGAAGGCGUUUGAGGCCCUCGCUUCCAGCCUCAACACCACCGCAGCCGCCCUGCUGACCAACACCACCCUGCUGAGCAGCGUCCUCCGCUACCACGUGGUCAGCGGAAGGCAUUACUCAUCCGACCUGUCGGACGCCGAGCAGCUGCCCACCCUGCUGGGCAGCAACGUGACCAUCUCCAAGCCGCCAGCAAUGUUCAACCCGAACCCGGUGCCCCCCGCGCCGCCAGCCGCCGAGGUUGUGAUCCGCGACAUCUCAGCUGGCCAGAGCGUCAUCCACAUCAUUAACCGAGUCCUGACGCCAUAA